AGAUAGUCAUAGUUAUUAGAAAGUGAUUUUUUUUUUUUAUUCAGAAUAAUCUCUUUCCCUUGGCUCUUGGUAAGAGGGAUGGGGUGUGGAGGGUGGGGUUAUAUACUUGUCCAGAAUUCAGUGGCCAGUAAUCAAACGCAAGGUUAUUUUGGGGAGACUCUUUGCCUGAACAACUAUUAACAGUGACCAUUAGUGGAGGAAGAAGGAAAGGUGAAGAUAUUGAGAGGGCAAAGGAGAAGAUACAGAGAGGGCAGGGAAUGGUGGAAGGAAUAUUUCUUGAUAUCUGGGUGGUUACCAUCUGAUGAGAUACAGACAUGCUACUAUGCUACUAUGAAACAAACAGAAAUAAGGCAGAGAGAUAAAAAUGCGUACUCUAAUCUAGCCCUGCUGGUUAGGUACCAAGGCUGGAGGGUGUGGGACAGAGCAACAUGAAAAAGUAUUGAAAGAAAAUCUCCAGAUAUGGUCUUUAUAUUUUUACUAUUAUUAGUGUCUUUUUUUUUUCCUGAAGGGGCAGAGUGGAGAAUGGUUGGAAAAAGAGGUACACGUUUUAAGGAUAAACACAUAGGGACAGUAAGUGGGGAGAAGGACUCAGAAAUUAAAGAAGGGAGUGGAUCUCCAGAAAGUAUUUUUGAGAUAAAUUAAUCUGUAUGUUGUUUUGUGGUUUCUUGGCAUCAGUUGGAGAUGUUUGUAAAAAUGUCAUUUACAGGUCCAAAAGCAAAUCUUUCAGAGGUCUCUGGCAUAGAAGCACAGCUUAAAAGAUAUUUCUGACUGGCAUGUUUAGGAUCCCAGAGUCACCUUAAGUACCUAUAGGAAGAAAUGAUGCAAUUUUAAAUGGAUAACGAGGAUUCCAAUUCCAAUAGUUUCUUUGUCUCCUUCCUCCCUUCAUAGAUGACACGACUAAUGAUCAGUGAGAAUCAGACAAUGGUGACUGAGUUCUUCUUCUCUAUGUUCCCAGAUCUGCAUGAAGGUGGCCUUUUAUUCUUUAUUCCCUUGCUUUUCAUCUAUGGAUUUAUCAUAACUGGGAACCUAAUGAUAUUUAUUGUCAUCCAGCUAGACAUAGCACUUCACACCCCAAUGUAUUUCUUCAUCAGUGUCCUCUCCUUCCUGGAGAUCUGGUAUACCACAACCACCAUCCCGAAGAUGCUCUCCAAUCUAGUUAGUGAGCAGAAGAACAUCUCUCUGGCUGGCUGCCUCCUGCAGAUGUACUUCUUCCACUCACUUGGCAUCACAGAAGGCUGUGUCCUGACAGCAAUGGCCAUUGACAGAUACAUAGCUAUCUGCAAUCCUCUCCGUUACCCAACCAUCAUGACUCCCAAAUUGUGUAUUCAGCUAACAGCUGGCUCCUGCUUCUGUGGCUUCCUCCUUGUGCUCCCUGAAAUCACAUGGAUUGCGACCUUUCCUUUCUGUGGCUCCAACCAGAUCCAGCAGAUCUUCUGUGACUUCACUCCUGUGCUAAGGUUGGCCUGCACAGAUACAUCGCUGGUGGUCAUUGUGGACGCCAUUCAUGCAGUGGAGAUCCUGGCCUCCUUCCUGGUCAUCGCCCUAUCUUACAUUCGGAUCAUUGUGGUAAUCCUGAGGAUGCCGUCAGUGGAGGGCCGUCACAAGGCCUUUUCCACCUGUGCCGCCCACCUUGCUGUGUUCCUGCUGUUUUUCGGCAGUGUGGCUGUCAUGUAUUUGCGAUUCUCAGCCAUCUACUCAGUGUUCUGGGACACAGCAAAUGCUGUCACUUUUAUUGUCCUCGCUCCCUUCCUCAACCCCCUCAUCUACAGCCUCAGAAACAAGGACAUGAAAGAUGCUAUUGAGAGGCUUUUCUGCUCUCAGAAGAGGGCUGGUGGGGCUAGGAGAUAG